UGUGUCCUCCUAUUUCUAUUCACACGUCUUGGAGUAUGCUCCGGAGGAUUUGGGAAUCCGGUCACAGAUGACGUGAGCAGGCUGAUGUUAUUGAGUGGUGUGUGCUGGGUUCUACUGAAUAUCUACCCACUGGAACAAAGCCUCAGGGAACUGACCCGGGUGUUUGGUGCCAUUUCUUCCAACAAAGAUAAUAUUAUGAUCUUCAUCACCAUGCUGCAAAAUCUACGCAUCAAAUGUGAUCAUGAGGAGCUGGUAAUGCCUGUCAGUUCUGCCAAAUGUAGAUCCAGUUACUAUCCUGAUGUUUACUUUGUUUGUCUGUACUUCCAGGAGGCAACAAUGCAAGUCUUUAAAUGCCACUAUAGGGCGGUCAAAUGGCCGUCUGGGCAGUAUUUCGACUAUAUCAGAGACAUUUUGAAUUCUGCAGCUCAYGGAGAAGGAGGAUUCCGCUGUGUGCCUCCACCCUGCCCUGCCCCUACUACAUCAGGUAAGAAACACYCCCCAACACACAGUAUCCAUUCAGCCCCKACAUACAGCAUUCACAAGUCUCUUCCUCACAGAGCGUGUUGUUGUCUCUCUCAGGAAGUGAAGCACAGGACCAUGAACAGACUCGGUCAAGGCGGAGUCUGCUGUUCCUGCUUCCGAUCCCAGUCACAGCCUGCGUGUUCCUCAUUGUGUGGGRGAUUAAAUCUAGAAGAGGAGGCUCCCCAGAGAGUAACCUUGAGAGAGGCCAUAGAAGGCUGUCCACUAAUGUGGAACGGACCAUAACCAUCCCUAUUCCACCAGUCACCAGUCCAACUGACACACCAAUAAUGGGGGAAGCCUGAUCACCACUGAGGGAGCAGAAGAAGCCAACAUCAAGCACUGCAUAGAGAUCAGAAAGCUCCCCGUCUGGACUGGUGUCACUCUGGACUGGUGUCACUCUGGACUGGUAUCUCUGAUUCUUCUUGGGUGAUAUCCCUGAGAGAACAGAGCUGAAAUCUCAUAUUUGGUGUCUUUGACAUAUCGGAGCUGAUAUGUCUAAAAUAUAUGGGUUGAUAUAGGGGUCUCACUUAAACAAGGGACAAUGGCGAUAAGACAUUAAUCAACCGCUUACUAGAACUAUAUAAUUUGGACUGCCAUAUAUUUUGACACAACACCAUGUA